UGCGGACGCCUCGUUGCUGGGGUCCUGUUCCACGUCUGCAGCUGCUCCGCCAUCGCCGUGGCUCCUGGCCUGGGCCCAGCGACCCAGCGGCCCGCUCACCCCGUGUAAACCCCGUGUAAACCCCGGUCAUGUUAUAAUAUUACGUUUUUGGCUCUGAUAUCAGUUCAGAAUGUCAUGGUUGGCUGAGCUUGCAGGAAAAGCAGAAACCUUCUUGAACAAAGUGGACCAUGGAGCAGCAGUUGCACUACAGAAUCCACCCAUUGAAGCCGUGACUGUCAUACACAGUAAGAGCGAUGAAGCCAUUACUUUGAGCCAAUAUUCUACCCUGAAUCAGCUGAGUGAUAAAUCUGAUCACCAGAUCCACACUAACCCUGGGUAUGUCUCCUCCGCUGCCAAUAACAUUAAGAGGCAAAAGACCGCCCUUCUGGCUGGAGCUUCUAAUGUCUCUUCGACAUCACAGAACAUUGAGACUAUGGCUGGUACAUCUGCAAGCUCUUCUCUAGGCAGGCCCUCAAUGCAGUUUGUAAGACCAAAAAGGAAUGAGCCAAACGAUGACCAACUUUUUGAUUUCCUAAAUAGUUCAGAGAAAUCAUUAAAUGGAAAAGUGGACAGCAAACAAGAGGCACCAAGACCGUUGACGCCAAAAUCUCACUCUCGGACUUCCAGUCACAGUUCAUCAACAUCUGGCAUCAAUGUUGUGAAGUCACCUGAGGAGAGCUUUAUCAUGGACAAUUCUGCUACUGGACAUGAAAUGUCGGAGAACUCUCCCAGUGUGAAUCAAGGUGGCCAAUUAGAGCCUUCGAGGGAAGAAGCAUUGGGUAAUACAGGGAGCACAACUUUCUCAACUAAAGACGAGAAUCAAUCGCUAGAGCUGUCGAACCUUCGGCUUGAAAACCAAUUACUGCGGAGUGAGGUCAACUCACUAAACCAAGAAAUGGCUGCACUGAUUCAGAGAUCAAAGCAAACACAAGAAGAGUUAAAUAAAUCCAGGAAACAGAUUGAGAAAUGGAAUGGCGAGAACUCAAAGACGGACAGGAUAAGUAGGGAACUGCGUUCUCAUGUUGACGACCUGAACGAGGUGCUGAGCGCCAAGGAUUCGCAGCUGGCUGUGCUGAAAGUGAGACUGGAAGAGGCAGAUCAACUUCUGAAGGCUCGAACUGAAGCAAUAGACAUGUUGCAGAAUGAAAGAAACAGGAUACUACUAGAUCACAAUGAAGGGAGCAACUUGCACAACCAAGCCUACCAGACAAUGCAAGAAAGACUUAUGGAUGCUGAAUCAACACUUAAAAGAGAACAAGAAAAUUACAGUCAAAUGCAGCAUGAAUUUGCAGCCAGACUGGGUAAAAUAGAGGGAGAGCGGCAAAGCCUUGCGGAAGCACUGACAGCGUCUGAGAGAAAGGCGAUUGAAGACAAGAGGAGGGCAGAUGAUCAUCAGCAACAGCUCAAACUUGCAAAGACCAGCUUGGAUUCUGCUAAACAAGAACUAGUGGAUUACAAGCAAAAGGCUUCCAGAAUCCUUCAAUCCAAGGAGAAACUGAUUAACAGCCUGAAGGAAGGUUCAGGGUUUGAAGGUAUUGAGAGCAAUGCUAUCAGCAUCAUGGAGCAGGAGGAACUGCGUCAUGAGCGAGACAUGCAGCGGGAAGAGAUCCAAAAGCUGCUGGGUCAGAUACAAACACUGAGGACAGAACUGCAGGAUACAGAGGCACAACAAUUGGGUGAGGCAGAGUCGUCCAGGGAACAAAUUCAAGAGUUACAAGAACAAAUCAAUUCACUAAUGGGAACCAAAAAGGAAAUGGAAGCUGAGCUGGAACGUCAGAAGCAGGAGUUUCAGUACACAGAAGAUGACCUACAUCGGACAAAGAACACACUGCAGAUGAGGGUAAAGGACCGAGAGGAUGAAAUCCAGAAACUUAGGAACCAGCUGACAAACAAGACCCUGAGCAGCAGCCACACUGAACUGGAGAACAGACUACACCAGCUGACUGAAACUUUGAUCCAGAAACAGACGAUGUUGGAGGCCCUCAGUACUGAGAAGAACUCGCUUGUCUUCCAGCUGGAACGCCUUGAGCAGCAACUUAAAAGUGGACAGGGCAGCAAUGUUAAUGGCACCGCUAUUAAUGUACCUGCAUUGGAAAAUAAUGAAGGUGCUCGUCUGAGAAGCGUCCCGGUUCUUUUUGGUGAGAUGGACAGUUCUGCUGCAGGAAUGUAUGGGAAAGUCCGCAAAGCAGCAAAUACAAUAGACCGAUUCAGCAUCCGGUUAGGAAUUUUUCUGAGACGAUAUCCAAUUGCAAGGGUAUUUGUAAUUAUUUAUAUGGCACUCCUACACAUCUGGGUAAUGAUUGUCCUCCUGACAUACACACCAGAGAUACACAGCAGUUCCUCCCGACCUGAUGGCAAAUGAGAUCAACCCAUUGAAGCUGGCUACAGAUUGCCCAAUGCAUUUAUGAUUGCAGACCAAUAUUUCUCUAUAUACGAUAGAACUAGCUUACUGUUGGCUUUAAUCAUGGGGACAAGAGGUACAUGGUAAAUAGUUUGAAAGUUUUAUUCUUUUCUGCAUUUCAUCUUGCCCCCUUCCCACUUGCUAGAACCUGUACAUACAAAUGUGGUUUAUGUAGUUAUAUUGAUGGACAGAUACAACUUGAUUUGUGCAAUAUCUUUUAAUAAACUUAUUCCAAAAAG